GGCCACUUCCGUUGACCUGGGAAGGGAUUGGGCAUGAUCCUAGCGCGCAUAUUUCUGACAAAGUUACUACAGAGUUUAUUGAUAAUAGCCUAAUGGUUAUGGAAGUACACUUUACUUAACUUCACAGUUCAUCGAACACACUUCUAUCUUCCUUCUUUUGGGGGGAACUUCCUGUGGCAGAUGUAAGAUGUGAACUGACAAGACAGUAAAAGAAAGACCCGACUGUCUAGGACAUCGUUUCCCAACCUUGGGGUCGGGACCCCAAAUAGGGUCGCCUGAAAUUCAAAUGGGGUCCGCUGAGAUACUGGAAUGGAUGAGCUUCAGCGGUGUGUGGAAGCGGCAGUGCUGGAGAACAGCGAAGUAAAACAGCGGAAAGACCACAAUGCACAGACAGCCAAAUGGAUCACUCAGAGGGAGAAAACACUUCAUCGUUCCCGCUUUCUUUAUGAAAGUGUGCAUGGGUCUGUGCUGGAGUGUGAGGCGGUGUGGAAGGGCUUCUACAAAAAGAUGGCUAUUGAGUACCGAGACUCAGAUUCUGAGAAUGAAGAUUCAGGCCAUAGGGAACAGACCCCUGUCAUACAGAUAGCGGAUGCUGAUAUGGGUGAUGGUGAUGAGGAGAAUCAUGACGAUGAAAACUUCAUGGAUUGUGAUGAAUCUGACACAAGUCCAGCUGCUGUGAAAAUGGAACAGAGCAUGCUGGAAAAUGGUGCAGAGGCAAUGCUGGAGUCCUUCUGGUCUGUUAAGAAUGAGCCACAGCUUAGCAAACAGUCUAUGAACAGUGCCAACCUAACCCCAACACACACGUUGAUGGCAAGCGCACACCGAGGGCUAAGUCCGCAAGCCCCUGCCUUGGCUCAAAGCACCCCUGUGCCCUCAGCGGUGCAUGAGAGCCCCACCUCGCCUCUGCCAGCCUCCACUCAUGGCAGCCCAUCUGCCAAAACCAAAAUGGAGGCUAAUGCCAGCUUCAUUACAUCAAAGUUGAAAGACUUUGUCCGGUCCAGGUCAGAUGGUCCUCAAAAGCCCAAGUCGAAUGCUACCAAUCAUAGUCCCAGUAAGACCCGUAAAUCUUCAACACCCAGCAGCAAUCACAAAACGCUGACAUCCAGUCCUACCCCUGCGACAGAGAACUCUGCACCUAAAACAUCUAGCAAAACUCGCUUAAAAAAUACAGCCAGAAAACAGACGUCCAUAAGAAGCUUCACCCAGGUAACCGCCAAGCCUAGCGUCACGAAACCCAACAAGUCUACCUCUGAAAAUUCGGAAUCUGGAAUGUCCAGUGAAAAGCAUGGACCAGGUGCUACAAAACAGCAGGUGCUUGCCUCAACCGCUGAAAAAGUUUCAAAGUCGAAAUCUGAUCCGAAAAAUCUCACAGCCGGUAAAACGCCCAAAACUGUUAGCGCCACUACCGGAUCCCAGUCAGCCUCCCCUGUUUCCACAAAUCCAAAAGUGAACACUCCGAGUAACACUCUAGCUCCCAAUGAAACCCGGAAUUCUAGCAUCAGCAGGACACACACAUCCUCCCCCAACACCAGUGCAGCUGGAAAACCACCCAGCUCGACCAGGGAAGCUGCCAACACAGGCAACACAGCGUCCAAAUCUCUGAUGUCCAGCUCUUCUACACCCGCAAACCAACAACAGAACUCUCCUAAUUCAACUCAACAGAGCAACCAGAAAAGAUCAACCUACACACCAAAAACUGUUAGAGAUGUUUGGGGAAGCGACUGUGAAGAUUCUUCAGAGGAUGAAGCCACCAAGACGAGCAACACUGUGUCAAAAUCUCAGAAGUCCAACUCUCAGUCCACUGCACCUACCAAGCAACAGCAGCAGCCCCUGCAGAACUCCGCUCCACAGACCAACCAACAGGGAAACCCACCAAGACCUGUCACCCUGACAUGGGCAAGACCAUCAGCCAAGAAUGCGCUACAGCAGCCGGUGAAGGAGCUAAAGGUGGACAUGAAGGUGAUGGGCAGGCAGAGGACGAAGACCUGGAAGGAGGGCACUCUCGCAGAGAUCAGGACCACAGAUGGUGGUCUCAAAUACAAAGUAAGCUUUGAACAGAAGAAGAUGUUGCUGUCGGGGCAUCAUGUGGCAUUUCAUACUCCACCGAUGUUGGCCCAGCUCAAAGUCGGCGCCCGUGUGGCAGCCCGCUACCGCGAGGGGAAUCAGUCCUGGGUCAUGUCUGCUGUUGUAAUAGAGCUUCCUGACCGCAAGAAUCGCAUGAGGUUCCUGGUAUUCUAUGAUGACGGUAAUGUUGGUUACGUAACCCUCCCAGAUAUGCACCUCAUCUACAAACCAUUGGACAAUGUGUGGGAGGACAUAGAAGAUCCAGAGGUGAGGCACGUAGUAGAAGAGUUCCUGCAGCAGAGCCACGUCCCCACCAUCCUGGUGCUGCGGGAGGGGGAAGAGCUGCAGGUCCGGCGCGAGGGAAAGUGGCAGGAGGCAACCAUCAUCGAGGUCGAUUGUAGCCUGGUGAAAAUCACCUUUAAGGAUGAUCAACACUGCGAGUGGCUCUACAAAGGCUCUGAGCGAUUGAUCUAUGUUUACAGAAUCAGGAAACGCACGGAUGAAGAAAAGCAAAAAGCAUCAGAAGGGACAAAAUCUGCUGGAAGACCUCCUAUUUAUAAGCCUCAAACUACGUCAACUGCUGUGGUCUCAGCUACUACCACUGCCACCACCGUUACUACCUCAAAAACUGUUAGUUCUCACCAGAAUAGCACAGUUGUGGUGAAAAGGACAACAGCAACUGUCCAUGAUGUGCCACCAAGCAAAAUGCAGCCACCAAACAAAAUGCAGCCAAAAGUUGUCUUGAAGAAAAUUUCACGAUCAGACAUCAUCUCGCUCAGAUCUUCACAGAAAAGAGUAUCAAGGCCUGCUUCAGAGGCCUCACCUUCUCCUCCAUCUACAGCUGCUGUGCUUCUUCCUCACCGGGGGGUAAAACGGCCACUACCCUCCUCUGAAGUGGACUCCCCCAUCGUUGUCUCCCUGUCUCGUCUGAUGUACAAUCCCCACCGAUGCUGCCCAGCGUGUUUGGAUGCCCUCCGCCCUUCACAACCAAAUCCUCAUAUUGGACGCAACCCCCUCGAGAUCCCUCGUCUUCAUGGCUUCCUCAGGAUCACAGGGCGCCGUCGUAUCGACGGUAAUGUGUCGUUCCACGUGUUUUACCGCUCACCGUGUGGACGGAGCCUCAGCACCAUGAAACAGGUGCAGGACUUCCUGUUCCAGACGCGCUGCGACUUCCUGUUGCUGGACAUGUUCUCUCUGGACCCCUUCGUGUUGGUCAAACGUGCCCUGCCACCGAGGCAGCCGGAGGUGUUCUACUCUCUCCCGGACAUCUCCAAGGGAAGCGAGACGGUGCCCAUCCCCUGCAUCAAUCUGAUAGAUUCUUCUAGGCCUGAACUUAUCGAGUACAUUGCCAAAAGGAAACCAGGCAAGGGGGUGUACAUAAAUACCCAGACAGACUUCCUGGUUGGCUGUGACUGCACUGAUGGCUGCUUGGAUAGGUCGAAGUGCUCGUGUCACCAGCUUACAAUUGAGGCCACAGCGCUGUGCCCCGGAGGGCCUGUGGAUGUAAAUGCUGGCUAUGCUCACAAGAGGCUACUUGCCCCUCUGGUUACAGGGGUGCAUGAGUGUAACCCGCUGUGCCGCUGCGACCCGCGGAUGUGCUGCAACCGGGUGGUACAGCACGGCCCCCAGCUCCGGCUGGAGUUGUUUAAGACACAGCACAAAGGUUGGGGCAUCCGUUGCCUGGACGACGUGGGCAAAGGCACCUUCGUUUGCACCUUUGCAGGUAAAAUAGUGACUGAUGAACUGGCUAACGCUGAAGGUAAGGUGUCUGGCGAUGAGUACUUUGCUAACCUGGAUUACAUAGAGGGUGUGGAGAAGAUGAAGGAGGGCUACGAGAGCAGCGCGUACUGUUCAGAUGGCGAGGAUGCCAGCAAAGAGAAUACCAGGAAAUCCCAGUCUAAUGCAGCAAGUAACAGCACUGCAGAUAUGCAGGUAGUUAUGGACAGUGAUGAUGAUGAUUCUGACACUGAUGACGAUGAAGAUUAUGAUGAUGAUGAUGAUGAUGACGACGAAGACGUCUCAAGUGAGGACCAUAGCGGUUCUGAUGACAGUUUUGUGGCUGAUGACCUAGAAGAUGACAUAACCAUACGAAGAAACUAUAUAACCCGUCGAAAUGCCAAGAUACUGAAGGUCUCUGUGGAAAUGAGGAGUCCCACAGGGUCCCAUGGUUCCCAUGGUUCCCGACCUGGUUUUGCAGUCAAGUCCACCCAUCGCAAGGUGAAGCCUGGUGGUGAAACAACCAAACCAAGUGGCCAGAAGGACUCGCCCUCUCAAAAUGCUACCCGGAGGCUCUUUGAUGGGGAGGAGAACUGUUAUAUAAUUGAUGCACUCCAGCAGGGCAACCUUGGGCGCUACCUCAAUCAUAGCUGUGAUCCUAACCUGUUCGUCCAGAAUGUGUUUGUGGACACUCAUGACCUCCGCUUCCCUUGGGUUGCUUUCUUCACCAAAAAGCGUGUCAAAGCUGGAACAGAGCUAACAUGGGACUAUAAUUAUGAGGUGGGGAGUGUGGAGGGGAAAGUCCUUCUGUGUAACUGUGGCUCCCAACGAUGUACAGGACGCCUGCUGUAGAAGGUUUUCUGUUAAUGUGAUUUUAUAAAUAAUCCCUUGUACGACUUCUAUUUAUGUUUUUUAAAAUAAAAUGAAAAAAUAACU